UAUAAUCAGUUGUCCAAAUAUUUGCUAGACGCCAUACGAGGAGCAGCGGCAGAGCAUAGGGUAUAGACGAAAUGGCGGCGAAAAGGAAGACCCCUGUUAGGACCCGAAACCCAGAUCUCAUACGUGGUGUAGGCAAGUAUUCCAGGUCUAAGAUGUACCACAAGCGUGGCCUUUGGGCCAUCAAGGCCAAAAACGGCGGCGUUUUUCCCCGCCAUGACCCGAAACCUAAGCCCCCCGCUGCCGCCGAGAAGGCACCCAAGUUUUACCCGGCUGAUGAUGUCAAGAAGCCGCUCCUCAAUAAGCGCAAGCCUAAGCCAACCAAGCUCAGAGCAAGCAUUACUCCAGGGACGGUUUUGAUUUUGUUGGCUGGGAGGUUUAUGGGGAAGAGAGUUGUUUUCUUGAAGCAACUUGCUUCUGGGCUCCUUUUGGUUACUGGACCAUUCAAGAUCAAUGGUGUUCCUUUAAGGCGUGUGAACCAAUCCUAUGUCAUUGCUACUUCCACCAAGGUUGACAUCUCAGGAGUUAACAUAGAGAAGUUCGAUGACAAGUACUUUGCCAAGGCAGUGGAGAAGAAAAAGAAGAAGGGUGAGGGAGAGUUUUUUGAAGCUGAAAAAGAGGAUAAGAAGAAACUGCCAGAGGACAAGAAAGAAGACCAAAAAGCUGUAGAUGCCUCUUUAAUAAAGUCCAUUGAGGGAGUCCCAGACUUGAAGGCCUACCUUGCUGCAAGAUUUUCUCUGAAGUCUGGCAUGAAACCUCAUGAACUUGUUUUUUAGAGGGAAUUUUGCAUUUAGUUAAGUGCUUCCCUUUGAUAUUCCUUUGGUUUAGAGUAUCAGUGGUUGUAUUAUCAGAUGCUAUAUGGGAAAACCAAAAUUUUUGGAUACCUCUUUUCUUAUGCAAGAACCUCAAAUUUUCAUAUUAUUG